CAGCCUUGUUUUGGAGGCGCAACAGUAACGAGGAUGGACGGGUUCCCGCUGCGCGUGCUGGUGUUCGUGGGGUGUUUCCUGCUCACUCCUGGCUCCAGCUUCGAGAUCGGCUCCUAUCUGGACCGAGGCAGGCCGGCCAAGUGUGAGCCCAUCACCAUCCCCAUGUGCCAGGGCAUCGGCUACAACCUCACCCGCAUGCCCAACUUCAUGGACCACGACGACCAGCAGGAGGCCACCAUCAAGCUGCAGGAGUUUGCUCCACUCGUGUCCUAUGGCUGCGACGUGCACCUCCGCUUCUUCCUCUGCUCCCUCUACGCCCCCAUGUGCACAGACAAAGUGUCCACCUCCAUCCCGGCCUGCAGACCCAUGUGCGAGCAGGCCAGGGAGAGGUGUGCCCCCAUCAUGGAGUCCUUCGGCUACACCUGGCCCGACUCGCUGAACUGCUCCAAGCUGCCCACCAGGAACGACCCCAACGCCCUCUGCAUGGAGGCGCCCGAGAACGAAACCAGGCCGGAGGGGAAGAAGGGUGAAGGCAUGCUUCCGGUGCCCCCGAGGCCCCGGCAGCCGGGCGCCACCGACGGCCGCUCGCCGGGCACCCGGGGCUCCUGUGAGAACCCAGAUAAGUUCCAGUAUGUGGAGAAGAGCCAGUCCUGCGCCCCACGCUGCUCCCCUGCCGUGGACGUGUACUGGUCCAGGCAGGACAAGGACUUCGCCUUCAUCUGGGUGACUGUGUGGUCCAUCCUGUGCUUCGUGUCCACGGCGUUCACCGUCCUGACCUUCGUCCUGGAGCCUCACCGCUUCCAGUACCCGGAGCGCCCCAUCAUCUUCCUCUCCAUGUGCUACAACGUCUACUCCGUGGCCUUCAUCAUCCGCUCGGUGGCCGGGCCGGAGAACAUCGCCUGCGACCGCGAGCACGGCGAGCUGUACAUCAUCCAGGAGGGGCUGGAGUCCACUGGGUGCACCAUAGUCUUCCUCAUCCUCUACUACUUUGGCAUGGCCUCCUCGAUCUGGUGGGUCAUCCUGACCCUCACCUGGUUCCUAGCCGCGGGGAAGAAGUGGGGUCACGAGGCGAUUGAAGCCCACAGCAACUACUUCCACAUGGCUGCGUGGGGCAUCCCCGCCCUGAAGACUAUCAUCAUCCUCACGAUGAGGAAGGUGGCAGGAGAUGAGCUGACGGGGCUGUGUUAUGUGGGCAGCAUGGACUCGGGCGCUCUGACCGGCUUCCUCCUCAUCCCCUUGUCCUGCUACCUGAUCGUGGGCACGUCCUUCAUCCUCACGGGCUUCGUGGCCCUCUUCCACAUCCGCAAAGUGAUGAAGACCGAAGGCACCAACACGGAGAAGCUGGAGAAGCUCAUGGUGAAGAUCGGCAUCUACUCCAUCCUGUACACGGUGCCGGCCACCUGCGUCAUCGUCUGCUACUUCUACGAGCGGCUCAACAUGGACUACUGGAGGCUGAGGGGGCUGCAGUUGAAGUGCGGCUCGUUCGGCGGCCCCGCCGGCGACUGCUCGCUGCAGACGUCCGUGCCCACGGUGGCCGUGUUCAUGCUGAAGAUCUUCAUGUCGCUGGUGGUGGGCAUCACCAGUGGGGUGUGGGUGUGGAGCUCCAAAACGCUGCAGACCUGGCAGGGCCUGUGCAGCAGGAAGCUGGUGGACAGGACUAGUGGGAGGAAGCCGUGCAGCGGCGUGAGCUGCAGCAGUACGCACUGCCACUACAAACCUCCUGCCGUGGUCCUGCACAUGGCCAAGACGGACCUGCACGCAGACAGCCCCGCGCAUGUGUGA